AUGUCAACUUUUAAUUCUAUACCCAACAUAGACGACAGAAAUAAUAAGUUCUAUUAUGGUAAAAACAAAGUAAUUAAAAUUCCUGAAGGAUCAUAUGAACUUCAAGAUAUUGACGAUUACCUUAAAGAACAUAUUGAAGGAUGCUCUUUUGCACUAACAUGCAAUAAUAAUACCUUAAAAACAUCUAUUUUAUGCUCUGAAAAUAUUCAUUUCGACAAAGAAGGCUCCAUCGGUAAUAUACUUGGCUUCGGUUCAGAAUCUAUUCAAGCUAAUAUAUUAACUGAAUCCCCUUAUCCUGUCUCCAUUCUCUCAACAACCAUAGUCCGCAUCGAAUGUGACAUAGUGAGCGGUUCAUUCGUUAACGGAAAACCUAGUCAUAUAAUUCACGAGUUUGUACCAAACGUGCCACCUGGUUAUCGGAUUAUAGAAACACCAAAAAACGUUAUUUAUUUCCCUGUAACCCAAAAUAGCUUAAACACAAUAACGAUAAGAAUUUUAGACGUUAACAAUAAUCUAGUUAAUUUACGGGGUGAAGAAAUUCAGUUAUAUUUACAUUUAAGAAAAAAAUGAUAGACUUCAAUAAAACUUCAGUCUCUCUUAAAAACAUUACCAGUACUCAUCCUGCAAUCACGAAAAGAAGACCUAAAGUAAAACUCACAAAACAAAAUAAGCAAUUCCUCCAAAGCUUACGCCUAUUAAAAUGAGUAUAUUAAACUUAACAGAACCUUUUGUCUUUGAUAAUUCUAUCGAGAGCUUUGAAUAUCAUUCAUAUAAACCGUACGUCACAAGUUUCAAUUUCAACGAUGAAAUACGUAUACCUAUAAACCAACAAGAUCUUUACGUACUACCAUCAGCAAGUUCUUUAUACAUAGAAGGUACUAUAACCGCAUUCAAUAGAGAAACAAAAGCCGAGGUAAAAAGUGUUCUUCUUACAAACAACCCCAUACUUCAUCUAUUUCAAGAUAUUCGAUAUGAAUUAAAUGGAAUCGAAAUUGACAAAAUUAAAAACGCAGGAGUUACAACAACUAUGAAAUCUCUUGUAUCUAUGAAUGGACUGGAAGCAUCCAUGUGUAAGUUAUGGGGAUUUGAUGUCAAUGGUAUAAAAAACACGGAAGGUACAUUUUCUGUGUCUGUACCUUUAAACAAGAUUCUCGGGUUUGCUGAGGAUUACAGCAAAAUCAUAAUUAAUUGCAAGCAUGAACUUAUUCUUUUAAGAUCCAAUACUAAUUUGAAUAGUGUUAAAUUAAAUGCGAAUGAAUAUAUAGACAAUAUUACUAUAUCUAAAAUAGUAUGGCGCAUGCCUCAUGUUAAAGUGUCUGAUCGUGAAAGAUUAAAUUUACUCAAAUGUUUAGAAAGAGAUCGUGCCGUUCAGAUAGCAUUUAGGACUUGGGAUUUGUAUGAAUAUCCGCUCUUGCCUGAGACGUCAAAACAUUCUUGGUCUAUCAAAACUUCAUCGCAAAUUGAAAAGCCGCGUUAUAUUAUAAUUGGAUUGAAAACGGGACGAAAAAAUGAAGCUAAUAAAGACAUAUCACACUUUGAUCACUGUAAUUUGAGAGAUGUUAAAGUUUUCUUGAAUUCAGUUUACUUUCCGUACGAAAGUUUUGAUGUUAGUUUUUCGGGUGAAAAGUUUGCUAUAUUAUACGAACAGUAUGCGAAAUUUCAACAGUCUUAUUAUAAUCGUCUACAAGCGCCGUUGCUUAGCCCUAAAGAUUUUAAAGAUAAAGCUCCUUUAUUUGUUAUCAACUGUUCUCGUCAAAACGAAACCUUAAAAACCGGUUCAGUAGAUGUGAGAGUUGAAUUGGAUUGUGAAUCUUAUAUACCAAAGAACACUGCAGCUUACUGUCUGAUUUUAAAUGAUAGUGUAUUUGAAUAUAAGCCUUUAAGUAAUAUUACGAAAAAAGUAUCGUAAUGCAGCAUAUAUUUGUAGACCUUCAAGGGUUUAAAACAAAAGAAAACGAAUUUAUUAUCAAAGAAUUUGCAUACAGCACGCUAGAAUACACUCAAGUUUUCUUAAUAA